CUGUUACCUCUCGAUCCGUUACCGGUGACUACCUUGCGGAACAAAGCAUUUGAAUCUAUAUACAAUUUUGCUUAUUUCAACCCAAUUCAGACUCAAAUUUUUCAUUGCCUUUAUAAUACAGACGAAAACGCGUUGAUUGGUGCCCCGACCGGCUCUGGGAAAACGCUCUGCGCUGAGCUGGCAAUUUUCCGACUCCUGCAGAAAAACCCCGGUAAAAAGUGCGUUUAUAUUGCUCCACUGAAGGCUUUGGUGAGAGAACGUGUGUCUGAUUGGAGAGAAAAAUUCGAGAAAAAGAUGGGAUAUAGAGUAGUGGAAGUGUCUGGCGACUACACACCCGAUGUCAACACGUUGAACGCUGCUCCGAUUAUGAUCACAACGCCAGAAAAGUGGGACGGUAUAACAAGAAGCUGGAACACUCGAGAAUACGUAAGGAAAGUGAACCUGAUCGUCAUUGACGAAAUCCAUCUCUUGGGCGUUGAUCGUGGAGCUGUAUUGGAAGCGAUCAUAACUAGGUUGAAGUUGUUGACUCGAAGGUCUUGCGUACGUGAAUCUCCUGCGCGACUUCUUGGACUUUCAACAGCCCUUGCAAAUGCUGGAGACGUGGCCGAAUGGUUGGGAAUUAGAGACGAAGGCCUCUUCAAUUUCCGGCCAUCUGUUCGACCAGUGCCAAUCGAGGUCCAUAUUCAAGGUUUUCCCGGUCAACAUUAUUGUCCUAGAAUGGCGCUCAUGAACAAACCAGCUUUCAAAGCUAUCAUCACUUACUCUCCGCUGAAACCUGUACUAGUUUUUGUGGCGUCCAGAAGGCAAACCCGCUUGACGGCAAUGGCAUUCAUAAGUCACCUAGUGGCAGAAAGUGAUCCUCGUCAGUGGCUUCAUGUUGAUAUGGCUGAGCUGGAUGUGUUACUACAACAUGUGAAGGACGAAAAUCUCAAGCUCACAUUGCCUUUCGGGAUAGGGAUGCACCAUGCUGGUCUAUCUUCCCACGAAAGAGCUCUGGUAGAACAGCUCUUCCUGGAGAAAAAGAUCCAGGUUUUGAUUGCCACGGCCACACUAGCAUGGGGUAUAAACAUGCCGGCACACUUGGUAAUUGUGAAAGGCACAGAGUAUUUUGAUGGGAAAACAUCUAAAUAUGUGGACUAUCCCGUUACUGACGUGCUGCAGAUGAUGGGCCGAGCUGGUAGACCGCAGUUUGACUCGAGUGCCGUGGCAGUUAUAUAUGUGCAAGACGUAAAGAAGACAUUCUACAAGCGAUUCCUCUAUGAGCCGUUCCCUGUUGAGUCGAGCCUUCUUCCUGUCCUUGCGAAUCACGUGAAUGCCGAGAUCAAUGCCGGGACCAUAACCAGUAAACAGGGCAUUAUGGAAUACAUUGCUGGUACCUACUUGUAUAGACGACUGUUUGCUAAUCCAAACUACUAUGGCCUCGAAGACCUCUCUGACAAAUCGCUCAUCGCAUUUUUGGUUGGAGUAGUCGAUCAUUGUGUUGCUGAUCUGCUGGAUUCAAAGUGCCUUAUCAUUGACGAGGAGACUGGAGAGCUACGCUCUUCGCCGUAUGGUCGCAUUGCUAGCAUUUACUAUCUUCGUCAUGAGACCAUGAAGUUUAUGUUGGACGAAAUUGGUCCGGAUGACACAAUUGAAGAUCUGCUCAAAACGCUUUCUCACGUUCCCGAAUAUGGCGAAAUACCUGUGCGGCACAAUGAAGAUGUUGUGAACACUCAGUUGCAGCGGAAACUGCGGAUAAGAUUUGCCACAAGCGUAAUGGACUCCUCUUACACGAAGGCGCACCUUUUAUUCCAAGCGCAUUUUUCUCGCACAGAUGUUCCAACUGAUUACCGUACAGAUAUGAGAAGCGUGCUCGACCAGUGUGUGCGCAUAUUACAGGCUAUGCGCGAUGUCUGUCAGUUGAAUGGCUGGCUAUCAACAGCACUACGAAUAACAAUACUCCAACAGAUGUGUCACACAGGACGAUGGCAUGACGACCAUCCUUUGUUGUGCUUGCCACACUUGAAGAUCUACGACGCGGAGAGAAUUGGGGACCGAUCCACCAUUCCACUCUUACAACAUCAGUUUGGUGUGGAAAAUGCGCAAGGAACAGAUGAUGUAGAAAAACGGGCUAAGAAAACACUGUUCGAAAACACAACCUUGGAGGAAACGGAGAUCAAGGAGGUUGUUCGAGCUCUAUGUCGAUGGCCCAUCCUUUCCAUAAGUGGACUUCGUUUGUCAAGAAAUGCGAAAGAGCUUCGGAUCGAUGAUGAGGACUGGUUGCAGUUAGAGCGCAAUACCUCUUAUAAGUUGCAGUUUCACAUAGAUAUGCUUGGACCAGGUCGGUUCAACACUGAAGCCUACCUGACACAAUGGUCUAAAGAGAAAACAGCCGGAUGGAUAGUGAUUCUCGGAGAAAAGGACAACGACAGGAUGAUAUCACUGUGUUAUGUGAGCGCAGUUCAGAAUGACCGCACUGUUCGAAUGGAUUUUGUCACGCCGGACAAGAGAGGAAGGUGUUUGUGCGUCUUCAUAAUGUCCGAUUGUUAUCUAGGGAUCGAUCAAGAACUACAGAUCAAAGCCGAUCUGAUAUGA